AACGAGUUCUCUUCUUCUUCAUCAUCUUCAAACUCAUGCUCUUCUUCACUAGAACCUCUUGCUCUCUCCUCCUUCGAACCCCUCUCCAUUUUCUCUCUCUACUCUCAACUACUGCAUCUUCCUCCUCCUCAUUCUCCAUUUCCAUGGCCGCCACAGUUAUGGAGUCCAAUUUCCCAUCUACGCUGGUUCUUCGAGGAAAAUCAACGGCGGAGAAUGAUUUUGCCCAAUCGCUCAAGCACAACAACACUCUGAAGCUCCCUGAAAACGGCACCGUUUCAGUUCUUCUGCAAUCGGAGUUAGAUAAACCCUUGGAAAAGGACUCGUUCGAAAUCGACUUGUUCAUGAAUUCUCUCUCCACCAAUAGAUUCGGAAGGUUUCUCCUUUGGUCUCCGCGGUUAGCUUCAACACACGACGUCGUUUCUCGAAAUUUCGAUGAGAUUCCGAUUGGUUCAGUUUGUGUAGCUGAUAUUCAGUACAAAGGGAGAGGGAGGUCUAAGAAUAUGUGGGAAUCACCUAAGGGUGGUCUUCUGUUCUCUUUCACUUUGGAGAUGAAGAAUGGAAGAGUUGUGCCUCUUGUACAAUAUGUGGUCUCUCUUGCUGUUACAGAAGCUAUUAACCAUCUUUGUGAUAAAAAUGGUUUACCAUGUGUUGACAUUAGAAUAAAGUGGCCAAAUGAUCUUUACUUGAAUGGCCUCAAAGUUGGAGGAGUUCUCUGCACCUCAACGUAUAAAUCCAAUAAGUUUAAUGUCAGUGUCGGUAUAGGUCUGAACGUUGACAAUGAGAAACCGACAACAUGUUUGAACACAUUUUUGAAAGAAGUGUCUAGUUUGGAUUACAAGUUUAGAAGAGAAGAUAUUCUUGCUGCCUUCUUUUGCAAAUUUGAGAAGUUCUAUGAUAUAUUUAUAAAUCAAGGUUUCGAGGCUCUUGAGAAGUUAUACUACAAAACAUGGCUGCACAGCGGACAGAGGGUUAUUGUACAGGAAAAGAAUGAAGAUGUAGUGGUAGAAAACGUAGUCACAAUUCAGGGUUUGACCUCUUCAGGAUAUUUGUUAGCUGUUGGUGAUGACAAUCAAAUGUGUGAACUUCAUCCUGAUGGGAAUAGUUUUGACUUCUUCAAAGGCCUGCUUAGAAGAAAGCUCGAGUGAGAGAACAUAUAUAAUCGAUCCGUUUCAUAUUCAGAUAGAUAAAAUUUGGCUGUCUCUUGUGGUCUGCUGAGGAUGUUAUCUCUCAUCUAUGAUAUUAUUUACAGUCCAUUGAGAUCUCCUUCAGACAUUUUAAAUAUGGGUAUCUAUUCUAUUUAUACACAUGUUAGAUAUAUUUGAUUUAUUUAUUGACUUUUGAUAUAUGUUACUAAUAAUAAUAUUUUGUGGAGUGAUGUUGAGCCU